UGAAAACGGGGCAGUGCACCUCUGCUGCUAAGCUAGCAUCAAACGCUGUUGACACAGAGAGGAGCCGAGAUCAACACCAGAACCAUGAAGUCGGUUCGGUUUAUCAUGCAGAACGCUGCUUUAGCCAGCCUGCCCAAACACAUCGACCAUUUCUCCAAGUUUUCACCUUCGCCGCUUUCCAUGAAGCAAUUCAUCGAUUUCGGGUCCAUCAAUGCCUGCGAGAAGACAUCCUUUGUCUUUUUGAGGCAAGAACUGCCUGUGAGACUCUCAAACAUCAUGAAGGAAAUCAACCUUCUGCCUGCCAAACUGCUCACCACCCCUUCAGUGCAAAUGGUGCAGAGAUGGUACAUUCAGAGUCUGAUGGACAUCCUAGAAUUCCUGGACAAGAAUCCUGAUGACCAACAGAUCCUUGGAGAGUUUGCAGACGCGCUGGUCACAAUCCGAAACAGACACAACGACGUGGUGCCGACCAUGGCUCAGGGGGUCAUCGAAUACAAAGAGGUUUUUCCCCAGGAUGUGGUCACCAAUCAAAACAUCCAGUACUUCCUGGACCGCUUCUACAUGAGCCGCAUCUCGAUUCGAAUGCUCAUCAACCAACACACUCUUGUUUUUAACGGCACUACAAACCCCGCCCACCCCACCACCAUUGGGAGCAUUGAGCCUCACUGCCAAGUUGGAGAAGUUGUGCAAGAUGCCUUCCAUAGUGCUAAGAUGCUGUGUGACCAGUAUUACCUCCGCUCCCCUGAUCUUGUGCUUCAAGAAAUGAACCACAAGAAGAAGAGUCAUCCCGUAUCUAUUGUAUAUGUUCCCUCUCACCUGUAUCACAUGUUGUUUGAGCUCUUUAAGAAUGCGAUGAGAGCUACAAUUGAGACCCAUGAGAACAAGAACAACCUCCCACCCAUUAAGGUCAUGGUGUCUCUGGGCGGUGAAGACAUGUCCAUCAAGGUGAGCGACGUGGGCGGCGGAGUCCCAUUUCGCAAAAUCGAGAACCUUUUCAGCUACAUGUACUCCACGGCUCCAGCUCCACAGAUUGGAGAGCACUCGCGAACACCACUAGCCGGCUUCGGUUACGGUCUUCCCAUUUCUCGCCUCUAUGCAAAAUACUUCCAAGGGGACCUGCAGCUUUAUUCCAUGGAGGGCUACGGCACAGACGCCGUCAUAUCCUUGAAGGCACUGUCCACAGACUCCAUCGAAAGGCUGCCAGUCUACAACAAAACCGCCUUGAAGAACUACAAAAUUUGCCAAGAAGCUGAUGACUGGUGCGUCCCCAGCAAAGAACCCCUAGAUCUGCGCAAAUACAGGGUGGCCUAGUGAGGUUUCAGUCCAGGUAGUGCUUCAAGACGACCUACAGCGGAGCCUCCAGAGAAUGUCUCCCAUAUUCCCAUCACCUCAUCAUCUGAUGAGCACCGGACCUUCCCAGACCUGGAGAACCCUUUCAAGACCAGCCUGUUUUUAGCAUCAGCAUGUUGUUUUCAGCUUCUGUCAUCCCGUUGGGGUUUUUGUCAUAGACGGCUACAAACAGGAUGUUUGGUGGUGCUGCAUAAACUGGGAUUGACUGAGGUCCUGCAGAUUAGAGUCGCCUGCGGGGCGGCCAAGGUGGCGCCCGGCCUGUCGCAGGUCAGCGAAAGUGGAACGAGGAGAAGAGGAAGUCAUCCGUUGAAUAUGAGGACUUUGCCAAACAGGGACAACCUGUUGAUCAUGCCUUAUAGUAGCAGAUUCACCCAAAAGUGUGUAUCACACCUGAACCACGAGAAUGAAUACUUGCACCUUGUUUAAUUUGAGAGUACUGUAACACCGCUGGCUCUGCAGAUCUGAACAAAUGUAAGCCUCUGCGUGCUUUAUGCAUGAAUACUUGUGCAGGCUUCUUUUCAUUUCAGCCUUCAAAACAAGAAUCCUUGACUCAGCAUCCGUUUUUUUGGACCAGGCUGAAUGUAGUCCAUUCAUUUGUAGCAAGUACGAUUGCUUCACGGGGGAAUGUGCAGCUCCACAGGGCCCACUUUCCGUGUCGCAUCACAACCAGCCGCAAGAGUAUUUAGCAGCUUCCUAUAGAGGCGGCUUCAGCGUAUGAGAGUGUUGGGAAAGCUCCAAAGGGUGCCACGUUUGAGUUUUUCUUCCAGUUUGUGAUUCAUAAAGGCCAGUUUCUGAGUUUUUUUCCUAUACUGUGCCAAAUGUGAGAAAGGAAAUGUCCUGGGUCCAGUCCAUGCGUGUGUUUAUUUUGUAUUUCUGUGAAUUAUACACAAUGUAAAAAUGUUAUUUUUAUAGCUGCACUUUUUUGUGACAAACGGUGGUCUAUACUGUAAAUAAAGAGAUCUAUCCGAUA